AUGGAUGUUACAGCUCUUCGGGACCGCAUACAGUCAACGCUCGACCCAAAUGCGGAUAAUCGCCGUCAGGCUGAGAUAGAUUUAAAAUAUGCCGAGACACAGCCCGGCUUUAUAAAUGCGCUUUUGGAUAUUUUGCAAGGGGAACAAAAUAAUGCCGUCCAACUGUCGGCCGGUGUUUACUUGAAGAACCGAAUUACUCGUGGCUGGUCUUCCGUCGAAGAAAACCCACAGCGCACACCGAUUCCAGAGGGGGAGAAACCGGGCUUCCGUGAAAGGUUGAUCCCGGCUUUGGUAUCAACACCCCCGAACGUUCGCGCACAGCUUGUCCCACUUCUCCAGAAGAUUCUCCAGCAUGACUUCCCCGAGCAGUGGCCGGGUUUCUUGGAUAUCACCCUCCAGUUGUUAGGCACCAAUGAUGCAAGCUCGGUCUAUGCUGGUCUGCAGUGUCUGCAGGCUAUCUGCCGUGUGUAUAGAUUCAAGGCUGGUGAGAAGAGGGAGGAGUUUGAUAAGAUUGUCGAGCAUACGUUCCCUCAGCUACUUAACAUCGGCUUGAAGCUUGUCGAUGAAGAAAGUUUGGAGGCUGCUGAAAUGCUCCGAAUUGUCGUCAAGUCCUACAAACAUGCCAUCUAUUUCGAGCUCUCGCCGUUCCUGCAAACACAUCAAGCGACUGUCGACUGGUGCACACUGUUCCUCAGAAUUAUCGCCAAGGAUCCGCCUGCAAACUCCAUGUUGGAAUCUAAGGAAGAGAGGGAGCUCAACCACUGGUGGAAGUGCAAGAAGUGGUCCUACGCUAACUUGAACCGUCUCUUUAUCAGAUACGGAAACCCAACUACAAUGACCAAGUCGAGCACACCUGAUUAUACCCAGUACGCCAAGAACUUCAUCGCUACUUUCGCCCCGGAAAUUCUGAAGGGAUAUCUGCAGGAAAUCGAUAAGUGGGUUUCCAAGGGCCAGUGGCUUAGCAACCCUGCCCUCGCCUACACUUUGGUCUACAUGGAAGAAUGUGUCAAGCCGAAGGCGAUGUGGGACCACCUCAAGCCACAUAUGGACAACUUGGUCGCUCAUUUUAUCUUCCCCAUCCUUUGCCAAUCCGACGAGGACAUCGAAUUGUUCCAGACCGACCCCUCCGAGUAUCUCCACCGUAAGCUGAACUACUACGAGGAGGUGUCCGCGCCUGAUGUUGCAGCAACGAACUUCCUUGUUGCUCUCACGAAGAACCGCAAGAAGCAGACAUUUUCGAUCCUUACGUUCGUCAACGGCGUCGUCAGCAAGUAUGAAGCUGCUCCGGAUGACCAGAAGCUUCCCAGGGAGAAAGAAGGCGCUCUGCGGAUGAUUGGUUCGUUGGCUUCAGUGAUCCUUGGAAAGAAGAGCCCUAUUGCGGAUCAGGUUGAAUACUUCUUUGUCCGUCACGUCUUCCCUGAAUUCCGCAGUCCCCAUGGCUUCCUCAGAGCUCGCGCAUGCGACACUUUGGAGAAGUUUGAGCAGCUCGACUUCCAAGAUCCGAACAACCUUAUGAUCAUCUAUCGCAAUAUCCUUGAAUCGAUGACUGAUCCUGAACUUCCUGUAAGGGUUGAAGCGGCCCUUGCUUUGCAACCCCUCAUCCGCCACGAUAUCAUUCGCACUUCGAUGCAGCAGAACAUUCCUCAGAUCAUGCAGCAGCUUCUCAAACUUGCCAAUGAGGUCGAUGUGGAUGCCUUGGCCAACGUUAUGGAAGAUUUCGUUGAAGUUUUCUCUGCUGAGCUCACUCCAUUCGCUGUGGCAUUGAGUGAGCAGCUCCGUGACACAUACAUGCGUAUUGUUGGUGAACUUUUGGAAAGAAACGCCACGAAGGGUGAUGAUGAAUAUGGUGACUUCUUGGAUGAUAAAAGUAUCACUGCCCUGGGUGUCUUGCAAACUAUUGGAACCCUCAUUCUCACCCUGGAGAGCACCCCUGAUGUCCUACUGCACCUUGAAACUAUCCUCAUGCCUGUAAUCAGCAUUACGCUUGAGAAUAAGCUAUAUGACCUCUACAACGAAAUCUUUGAGAUUAUCGACAGUUGCACCUUUGCGUCUAAGUCCAUCUCGCCCACUAUGUGGCAAGCAUUCGAGCUUAUUCACAAGACCUUCAAAGCGGGCGCGGAAUUGUACCUGGAGGACAUGCUGCCUGCACUUGACAAUUAUGUCGCAUAUGGCUCUCAGAUGAUGGUUCAGAAUCCGGCGUACCUGGCAGCUGUUGUUAGUAUGGUCGAAGACAUCUUCCGCGAUGAGAAGGUUGGUGGUGUGGACCGGAUCUGCGGUUGCAAGCUAGCAGAGACUGUGAUGCUGAACCUGCGUGGCGGCAUUGACCAAUACAUUCCUCUGUUCAUUGAGUUGCCUAUGCGCGUGCUCGACGCUGACGAGGCAAAGACCAAGUCCUACCGCAUCCAUCUUAUUGAGAUGGUAAUUAACGCUAUCUACUAUAACCCUCUUCUCAGUCUUCAAGUUCUGGAGGCUAAGGGCUGGACAAACAAGUUCUUCAGCGCCUGGUUCUCCAACAUCGACAACUUCCGCAGAGUUCAUGACAAGAAGCUCUCCAUUGCAGCAAUCACCUCACUUCUGACAUUGAAUGCUGGUGAUGUUCCCGUGAGCGUACAGCAAGGUUGGCCUAGGUUGCUUCAGGGAGUGACCAGACUUUUCCAGACACUGCCUGCUGCGCUUAAGAGCCGCGAAGAUGCAACUAAAGAGUCAGACUUUGCCUUCGAGGACGAGGAUGACGAAGGUGAUGAGGACAACGACUGGGAUGGAGAAGUUGAGUGGACCGAUCAAGAUGAGACCGAGGGUGGCCCUGAGGGCGAUGUCCAAGAUGAGAGUGCCGCAUACCUUGAUUUCUUGAAUAAAGAGGCCCAGAAGUUCGGCUCCUUUGCGGAUGAUGAUGAGGAUGACUUGGACGAGGAAAGCCUACUCGAGACGCCAUUGGACAAGGUCGAGCCAUAUGGCCUGUUUAAGCACGUCUUCAUGGGUCUUCAGCAGGAACAGCCACAGCUCUAUGAGAACUUAACGAAGAUCUUGACUGCAGAGGAGCAGCAAGUGCUGCAGGCUGUCUUCCAUGAAGCCGACGCCAAGGCUUUGGCUGCUGCCAAUGCGGAAGCUGCUGCAGCGGGGAUCCAGACCAACGGAAAUUAG